AUGCCCAAGAAUAAGGGAAAAGGAGGAAAGAACCGCAGACGUGGAAAGAACGAGUCUGACCACGAGAAGCGUGAGCUCACCUUCAAGGAGGAUGGCCAAGAAUACGCCCAAGUCGUAAAGAUGCUCGGCAACGGCCGCCUCGAAGCCCAGUGCUUCGACGGCGUCAAGCGCCUCGCCAACAUCCGCGGCAAGCUCCGCAAAAAGGUCUGGAUCAACCAGGGCGACAUCAUCCUCCUCUCCCUGCGCGAGUACCAGGACGACAAGGGCGACGUCAUCCUCAAGUACACCGCCGACGAGGCCCGCUCCCUCAAGGCCUACGGCGAGCUCCCCGAGUCUGCCAAGAUCAACGAGACGGACACCUACGGCGCCGACGGCGACGGCGACUGCAACUUUGAGUUCGACGACGACCGCGACUCGGAGGAGAGCGAGGACGAGGGCGCCGCUGGUGGCGCCGGCAAGAAGGAGGUUGACAUUGAUGACAUUUAA